AUGUGGAUUCCUCAAUGGACAACAUUAGCAGCAAUUACUGCAUCUUGUCAGGAGUUACACAAAUGUGACUGCAGAAAAACUUGUUCUGGUAGAUGCAAAUCAGAUGGACCUAAAGUUCGCCAGUGCGAAAAAGAUUAUAAUCGAUUUAAAGAAACCUGGCCAAAAAGACCAUCAUCAUCAACUGCCACAUGUGAGAGACCAUCCAAACAGGCAAAGAAAUCAUCUGCAGAAACAGCUGUUCCUGAACCAACACCAAAAGCACCUCCUUUACCAGCAGCUCCUUGGUUACUUACAAAACAGAAUGUUAAAUUAGCUGACAACAGAGCAAAGAGUGUUAAAUACCCUAAAGGCUUUGAUUAUACUCCUGCUGACCAUUUUACCAGAGCAUGGACACUGCGUACAAUGCAUGGCAAACAACAGUUCGUAACCAAGAAUAUUGCAGCAUGGUGUAUCAGAGGCCUCCUAGCAAAGCCACAAGAAGAAACCUUAUUCAAUUUAUUUGAAGUGAUCAAAAGACUGACACAACCAUCCUACACAACUGAGCAGCUUCAAGGACUUAUUGAAGACACAAGUACAGCAGUGGUGUUACUUGAAAGGGAUUUUCCUUUGACCUUGCAGAAUAUCACAACACACCUGCUACAUCAUAUCCCAGAGGGUUAUGAAGACUAUGGACCAUUGUAUGAUAGAUGACUUUAUCCUUUGGAACGAGCAAACAGUUGGGUGACCAGA